GCCAGAUCCGGCGGGGGAAGGCAUCGUCGUCUACUAGUCCAUAUGGGGAUGCUAGCGCUGAACCGGCUCAUGUCUCUGCAGAGCGACCGGCCGCGCCGUCAGCAAGGGGGAGUUUCAGGUCGGCUUAUGGCCUCAAGGACGGGUAAAAGGAAGGGAUCGCCCUGUCAACAAGAUGACGAUGGCGAUGAUUCUCGAUCUGGUAAAAUUAGGAGAACGGCAAUCAAGGAGCUUCCUGAGGACAUAUUGUUUCGUAUACACUCCUUAAUGCCAAUGCGUGAAGCUGCUCGUGCUGCUUGCGCAUCUCACGCCUUUUUAAAUUCGUGGAGAUACCAUCCCAAUCUCAUCUUUGAUAAGGAUACAAUUGGCUUUCCCUUUUUACAUUCGUGGAGAUACCAUUCCAGCUUCAUCUUUAAUAAGGAUACAAUUGGCUCGGAAGAAAGUGCGAGUGGAGAGAAGGUCCACCACAAGAUUGACUGCAUUCUGAGGAAACACAAAGGCAGCUUGAAAACAUUCAGGCUUGACUACGCUCGAAUGAAUGGGCUCGAUGACUUCAGUUAUCUUGACAGUUGGCUUCAGAUUGCUCUUAAGCCUGGGCUCGAAGAACUCGACUUCAUGUUGUCUGCAUCAAUGUCUCAAACAACUGGCAAAUACAACUUCCCAUGCCCGUUGUCUGGAGCAAAGAGAACAUACAACUUCCCAUGCGCGCUUUUAUCUGACAGGGUUGGAAACUCGCUUCGGUGCCUUAGACUUGGUCUCUGUGUCCUCCAUCGCGCAGUUGAACUUGGCCCCUUGAGAAGCCUAACACGCCUGUACCUCUGCCAUUUGAGCAUCACAUGGAAUGAGUUAGAGCGCCUUCUUUCCAACUCUCUCGCUUUGGAGCUAUUAGAUCUUACUAGUUGCAAUGAGAUUAAAUGUCUGAAGUUAUCUAGUGCCUUGCAGCGGCUCAGCGGGCUUCAUAUUUUAGUAUGCCAGAGAUUGGGAGUGAUAGAGAGCAAAGCUCCAAAUCUCUCUAGUCUCCGCCUUAGAUCAGGAUGCAGGUUAGACUUCUCACUUGUGGAAACAUGGCAAAUGAAGAAACUAUACUUGGUACAAAGCAAUCUUAUCUAUGAUGCCCGUGCCAAGCUGCCAGCCGUUCUGCCAAAUAUUGAAACUCUUUACAUAGAAUCACAAGAUGAGGUGGUUGAUGCACCAAUGCUGCCUACCAAAUUCCUCUACCUUAAGCACCUGACCAUUUUUUUGAGAUUAGGACCAAAUGAUUCUGGGACAUAUGACUAUUUUUCUCUGGUUUCUUUCCUGGAUGCUUCUCCUUCCCUGGAGACUUUGACAUUAGAUGUGACUCAGCGGCGUAUGCUGCAUGAAUCGAUUUUUGUGGAUUCACAACUGAGGCACAUGCCUGAACACCACCAUGGCCACCUCAAGAGCGUGAAGAUCAGUGGUUUCAGCUCUGCCAAGUGCUUGAUUGAACUGACAUGUUAUAUUCUCAAGAACGCGGUGUCACUUGAAUAUCUUACAUUGGACACCAUUUGUGGGAGCAGGUGUGAUGAUCAAGGCGAGGACAACUGGUGUAUUCCCGUCGCGGAUCCUAUUCUCGUGGAAACCCCUAGGACACUCUCUGCUAUCAGAACAUACAUUGAGAAUAAAGUUCCGUCUACAGUUAAGUUAACUGUUCUGGAGCCUUGCAACAAGUGCCAUGGUAAAAGACUAGAGCGGCUAUUAUCACUGUCGCGCAAUGUCAUUUCCAUUUAAUUUUAGAUGGCCCAUGUUUUGCUUCUUGAACCAUUUGUGUGACCUACUGUACAACAAAUUUUUAAUUCAAAUCUUGGAUGGACCAUUUUUAUCUU